CCGCCCAAAGUCUCUAUGCUAAAGCUUAUCACCCCUCCGCUUCUCCCACGUCUCCUAUCCUCUUAUCCUCUCGGCUCAUCCUACCUCUAUCGGGGUCGCUAGCGAACUCUCUCAUUACUAUCUUAUUCUUAAUAGCUAAAGGUCGAAGUUGGCUGACAUCAAGGUCCCUCCAGCACGCUACGGCCUGCGGACGCGAACUCGUAAAAGCGAAGACGGAGCAUCUGACGGCCAUCAGCAGAUUCAUAAAUCGGGGAUGCGUCGGUCCCUACCUUGAAGGUGGUACCAACAGGAUAUGAAGGACAUACGACACGAUGGACAGUACCAGCAAGACAAGAGAGGGCUGCUCAUAGACAAGUGGAGGAGACUGGCAGCGAGGCGACGUACGUGUGCGUAUGAUCACCGCCAUGGUAAAGGCGAGGAAGAGAAUGAAGCAGAGAAAGUCUGCAAAUUGCUGAGACCUCGCCGGUCACUCCUCCACCAGUGGUACCCAGUUCUCGAGGGAGUCGAGGUGGACCUAAAGGACCAAAAGGCACCACACUUGCCGACAGCCCAGGCCUUGCCAUUCUCAUCAACUGCACGUACGAGAACUGCGACAAUCCCGACAUGACUCCACUUCGCGGUACCGCUAAAGACGCCGCAGCGAUGAUGCAAACCUUCGACAGUCUAAACUACGUCGUCCACCAGCUCGACAAUCCAACCAAGGCCCAAAUACUAGCCAAGAUAAAAGAGGUUUCCGCAUCGCUCAAGACUUGUAGUCUGAGCCGAGAAGAGGCGGAAGAAAAAGUCGUCUUCUUUGCCUUUUCCGGGCACGGGACGACCGAGGACGGCAUCGAGAAAAUCUAUGCCAACGACGGCGAAACCGUUCAACUGAAAGACAUCGUUUACUUUCUCACCGUACCUCCCGGCGUUCAGUACGUCCCGAAAUUAUUCCUGGUCGACGCAUGUCGUGGAGCUCAGACACUCUCUGAGAAAGGAGUUGGAGGUGGUGGUGCCGCAGCACAGACUAAAAGUGUUCCCAGCGCCAACAUGGGCUUCGUGAAAAAGCUCCCUCGACGCAUAGAGGGAAACUACUACAUUGCCUAUGCCACCGUCCCCCACCACGUCUCGUGGGGUGGCGAAGCGGGGAGUCUGUGGAUGCCGAAACUGGCCAAGGCGCUGUGGGAUGAGAAAGACGAACCUUUCCAGAUCAUUGCCAGUAAGGUGAUGAGAGAAGUGAGUCUGCAGUUCGAGCAGCAGUGUAACUCUGACGAUCGUCUUAACGUCGGCCCUCUCUACCUCCAAAAGAAACUGAGUUAACUCUCGAACUGGACUCAAUUGUUUUAGAGAGAGAGAAGAAGUUUUCUUGUGUUUUCAAGGAUGUCUCAAGAAAGGUUUUUAGGUUCUAGCAUUUGUCCACGGAAACGUUUAUAGAUUACAUGUCCAAAGAAAGGUUUUUAGACGAGAAACAUACCAAUUUCCUUCUGUCGAGGUGCAGUAUUAUUACGGUUCUCUCGCGGCAGUCUCGGGUUGUGCGGCGGCUGCGCUUCGUUAUUGCGCAUGCGCAAAUCGUCGGAAAGUCG